AUGCUAAGUAUUACGGGACUUCUUGCCAGUACCCUCAUCUGCGUCGCCCUGGCGGACCCAAGAUGCAAGAAUCAUCCACUCGACGCCAACUGGCCCAGUAUCGACGACUGGAACACCCUCAACCGGUCAACAAACGGGGCCUUGAUCAGGACCAACCCAGUCACAUCUUCGUGCUUCAACAACAAUUCGGCCGUCAGCUGCGACCAUGUCCAGGAGAACUGGUUCUAUUCCGACUUUCACUCUUCCCUUCCCGAGUCGAUUGGCUAUCCGUACUGGGCCAAUAGGUCGUGUGUGCCCCCAAACGACUACGCCUACGACGAGACGCUUGGCUGUGAAUUGGGCGGUCUGCCGGCGUACAUCAUCAAUGCUACGACGGCUGAUCAGGUUGCAGUCGCUACCAGAUGGGCCAGCCAGCGAAACAUGCGAAUUGUUGUCAAAGGCACCGGCCACGAUCUGAACGGCAGAUCCAGCGGUGCCCACUCGUUGUCCAUCUGGACGUAUCACCUGCGCAACCUCGACUUCGAUACGCACUGGACGCAUCCAUUGAGUAACAAGAACGAGAAUGCUGUCAUUUUGGGCAGUGGCAAUACCUGGGGCGAGGUGCUGGCAGCCGCAGCAAAGACCGGGAGGACCGUCAUCAGUGGGCAAGACGGUACAGUCGGCCUCGGAGGCUUCAUUGGAGGCGGGGGCCAUGGUCCCCUAUCGAGCCACUACGGUCUUUCAGCCGAUCACGUUCUGCAGGCAACCGUAGUCACCACUGAGGGCGAGAUCCUCGUAGCCAACGAUGCCCAGAACCAAGACCUGUUGUGGGCCAUCCGGGGCGGCGGGCCAGGUCUGUACGGCAUCGUGGUCGAGUAUGUGUUGCGGACUGUGCCUCUUCCUAACAAUGUGGUGAUGAGCACUCUCUCCAUGUCCAUCAUCCAGAACCAGACGGCUGCGGCCGCUCAAGACUCGUGGACCGCGUUUGCCAGCUUCGUAAGCUCAGUCCCGGAUCUAAUGCAUGCUGGUAUAACAGGAUACGGCUUUGGGGUAACACAAGAGAACAUGGGCAUCGAGCUGACCAUGACACUCUGGAGCUACAACACUACCGCGGCCGCAUUUAAACCACUUUUGGAAUCUGCGCGACAAAACAUGCUUGCCAACGUUGCAAGCCAGGAUACAUCAGUCGAAGUCUCGGAACCUACUGUGCUGCCAACAUACCUGUCCCUCUUUGACGUUUUGAAUCCGUCUCGCAGCCGCUGCGGAGACAUCAGUCUGACCUCUAGCCGCCUGCUAGGCCGCCGUCACCUGUCGGGCAUUCCUUUGGACGAAUUACGAACCCACCUCCAAAAGAUAUCAAAAGCCCAGGUCGAAGGGCGACAGACCAGACUGGUCUUGGGCCUCCAAGGUGGUCUGGGGCCCAGAAGUGUCCAGAACGAGAUGCGAGGCGCCCUAAAUCCGGCAUGGCGAAGCGCUUACCUACAUCUCAUGGCCACUGGCGUCAAUAUUGACACUACGAUAUUGUCGCCUCAAAAUGCCCUCGCCGCCGCCGCCGCGUGGGCAGAGGACAACAAGGAGGCUGUCUGGCGAGAGUGGGCGCCAGACACGGGUGCAUACAUUAACGAGGCCAACCCAUUCGCGAGAAAUUUCCAGCAGGACUUCUAUGGAGACAACUACGAGCGUCUAGUGCAGAUCAAGGAGAAGUAUGACCCCACCGCCAGCUUAUAUGCUCUUUCAGGUAUUGGAAGCCAUGAUUGGGACUAUAACCUGGAUAGUGGACUUCUUUGUCGCGUAUGA